GGUCCAAUUGGUGUGUGGUUAAUGUUUUGAGUUAAGCGGAUUGAGUCAGGCUUCUGUGUCUUGCUGCAGUUCUUUCAAUAUACUGGAUCUGAAUGUACGGCUCAUGGCAAUAGAAAACCAUAUGCUGAGGGUGAUCAUAUUCAAAGAAGAAAGUCAGUCCAAUCAUCCACCAAACUUGCUCGUUUGAAAUUUGCAGCUAACUGGAUUUCGGAUGAAAUGGCAAGUUCAGGUCAGUUGAGAGAAAGUAAAUCCCAAGAUCGGUUUGAUUACCUACAGGCCCUUGUUACUGAAUUUCAGGAUACCGAUAGUCAAGAGGCAAAGGAACAAGUCCUGGCAAACCUAGCUAAUUUUGCAUAUGACCCCAGUAACUAUCAGUAUCUUCGACAGCUGCAGGUCAUUGACCUGUUCCUGGAUAUGCUUACAGAAGAUAAUGAACGAUUUGUAGAAUUUGGAAUAGGUGGUCUCUGUAACCUCUGUUUAGACAAAGAGAACAAGGAAUACAUUUUACAGAACAAUGGGGUUCAGGCAGUGCUGAACUGUUUAUCCAACCCGAAUGAGGACACCGUACUGUCUGCAAUUACCACAUUAAUGUACUUGAUGACUCCUUUGUCCCAGAAGGAAAUCACAGCAAUGCCAGUUAUUGAGUGCAUGCUCCGGUUCUCCAUGUCUAAAAAUAAGCGUCUAAGUAAUUUAGCAACAGUGUUUCUGGAAGACCUCUGCUCAUCUGAAGAGGUAGAAAAAGCUCGUAACUUGCAUAAUCACACAGCCCUGGGAAUACCACUUCCAAAAGAAUAGCUCAGAGAAUUCUUAAUAUUCUGUAGCAUUGGAACAAUUUCUGAAUAUGCUCCACUAAGUAUAACAUUUGGGCAUAUACAUAAUUAUUAUCAAUUUGUAACUCUAUCCAAUUGCCAGUUUGGUUGAGUCAAUAGCACUCUUGUCUUUCAUGUAUAUUCAGCUGACGCUGAGGAACUCUGCAUUGAUGGAAGUGUGCUACAUGUCACACAAAGCAAAAUCUUGUUCAGGAGGAUAUUAAACAUUGCACAAUUUUGUUCAAAAUUGAGCCUAUUUCUGGAGUUUCAGUGAACCUUCCUGCUUCAAGAAAGAGACUCAAAAAUUAGUUGGUCAUUCAUAUCUCUUACAUUUGUUGUACAGAUGGCUGCUGCAUUUCCUAGAUAACUUGUUACAUUUCACAGGUAUUUCAUAUAUAUUUACAAUAUGACAAAUAUAGUAUUAUAAAACAAAAUAUUGCAGAUGCUAGAGAUCUGAAAUACACAAAAGCAGAAAUUGCUGGAGAAACUCAGCAGGCUUGGCAGCAUCAGUUCAUCUUUUAAAUGGUUCUAAGGAAUGGUCACUGGACUCAACUCUCCACAGAUGCUGCCAGACCUCCCCUUUUUCUUCAGCAAUUUCCAUUUUCUAGUGUUACAUAAUGUUGCGAGUAAAUCACCACAAGUUACCUUUAAUUCGGCGACUUAAAUCUCAUAGACAGUCAAAUAUUGAAACAAUAAUUAAAUUUUUAUUGCAUAUACCAACUAAAAUAAUACCCCUCAAGUAAGCCUCAAAACCCAACUUGGCUUGGUGGAACUUGGCCAUGUUUCUUUCAACAGUGUCUUGUCUCUGGAAGUGCCCACGGUUCAAUCUUAAUCCAGUGUUGUUCUGCUGUGUGUGUGUGUUGGUUGGGGGGGGGGGAACUGGUUCUGGUGUUUGAUUCUGAUCCAGAUUUUUGUCUUUAAGAUCUAUGAUGAGAUAUAUUGAUGAUUCUUUUAAAGCCCUUUUAUCUAAAUUACUGCAAGUCUGCAGCCUGCUGCCUUCCCAGAAGUAGCUUCUUUGUUACAAGGGCCGGCACGGUGGCUCAGUGGUUUGUACGUCUUCUCACAGCACCAGGGACCUGGGUUCGAUCCCACCUCGGGUGACUCUGUGUGGAGUUUGCACAUUCUCCCUGUGUCUGCGUGGGUUUCCUCCGGAUGCUCCAAAGAUGUGCAGGUUAGGUGAAUUGGCUAUGCUAAAUUGCCCAUAGUGUUAGGUGCAUUAGUCAGGGGUAAAUACAGGGUAGGGGAAUGGGUCUGAGUGGGUUUCUCUUCGGAGGGUCGGUGUGGACUUGUUGGGCCGAAGGACCUGUCUCCAAACUGUAGAGAAUCUAAUCAAUCUAAAUUUGACCUUAACUGUCUGUUUAAAGAAAACUUUUCUGUGAUUAAAUUCUUCUGCAGGGCAAUCAGACAUAAAGUAUUCAGUUAAUCAAGCAAAUGUCAAAGCAGUUUUGUUGGUUUUAGACUCCACUCCUCCUUUUGCCAGGCAUAGCUAAUUGCUUUCAAUUCCUGUAUACAUUUGUCCUUGUCUUUAAUAGUUUUUUUUCUCUCUAGAUAGUUAUUGCUGCUUCUUUCCAUGUGUAAGUUUAUCUUUAGGUGAUUAAUUCAAUCAAUCCAUGAACAGUUAUUCAAGUUCUAAAGUUUAUAAUACCACAAAUUCAAUUUUUAAAAAUAAUUUCUUUUGUUUCAAAAAUGCUUAUUUUGGAACCAAUUGGAUCUUCAAACUGAGGAAUGAGAAGAUUAUGUUUGUUUUGUAGAUAGGGAAUUAGUGACUUUUUCCCCAUUCAAUGAAAACCUAAUUGAAGUUGGAACUGUUAAUGUCUUUUUGUGUUAAUUUACCUAAUUUACGCGUUGUAAGUAACAUUUGCACAUUAAACCAAAUCUCUCUGUCCUCUAAUCAGUAUUACCCUUUGAUGCUCAAAAUCUUUAGACUGAGUUAAAAAUCACAACACCGGGUUAUAGUCCAACAGGUUCAAUUGGAAGCACACUAGCUUUCGGAGCAAUGCUUCUUCAUCAGGCUCCAAAAGCUGGUGUGCUUCCAAUUAAACCUAUUGGACUAUAGCCUGGUAUUGUGUGAUUUUUAACUUUGAACAUCCUAGUCCAACACCGGCAUCUCCAAAUCAAUCUUUAGACUGUGUGGUUUGCUUUAGUUGUCUAAUGACAUUAACUUUUACUGAAGUGGAGUUUUAUAGGUGCCAGUGUCCCCUCCAUUCCUAACAUCAUGCAAAUGCAUGUGAGUUUGAACCAAGUACCUGUAUACAGUAAUUGUGAAUCUGAGCUUAAUCCUGUCCUUACCUGAGAAUUCUGUGUCCCUCAUGUUAGGAAUGAACUUAAUUAAUUUCAUAGGCAAAAGUGAGGACUGCAGAUGCUGGAAAUCAGAGUCUAGAUUAGAGUGGUGCUGGAAAAGCACAGCAGUUCAAGCAGCAUCCAAGGAGCAGGAAAAUCGAUGUUUUGGGCAAAAGCCCUUCAUCAAGAAUGAUUUUUUUCAUACAUGUUCAACUAUCAACUGAUUACUGGUUGUUUUGUUCAGAUAUUUGGUUGUUUAAACUUGGCAAAACUUGACAUUGUAACAAUUGUUGUCUUUAUUCAUCACUUAAUGUCCUUAGAAUUGAAUUCCCAAUUAACUUUUUUCCAUGUGUUAUAUAUUGAAUAUAUUUGUAACCUUUUAAAUAAAUGUUAUUUAUUAAAAGUUUGAGUUGGAAUGCUUGAAAAAACUUAAAUAAACCAUCAAGUGCAA